AAAAAGUACUAGCACACCCCAUUGAAAAAGAAGAAGAGGAAAGGAGCCGCCUUUUUCCUUGCGAUGGCCGGCGGUUGGUCCUCUCUCCCGGCGGAUCUUCUCAAUCAGAUCUCGGGUCGCCUGAUCUCCGAUGCCGACCAGCUCCAAGCCCACCAGGUAUGCGCCCACUGGCGAGCCACCAUUCCUCGUCCGGCUGCCUACCGCCCGUGGGUCGUCGCCGCCCGACAGGCGCCCGACGGGCAGGGCCCAGUCGGCGAGUACUCCUUCCUGCUCCCUCGCGGCGUCCAGGGCGUCGACUUCAAGGCGGCCCCACCCGGCCUCCCGUAGUGCUGCGGCACGCCUCGCGGCUGGCUCGCCCUUGCGGACGAUGUCCGAUCCCCCACGCGGCUCGUGCUGUGGGAGCCCCACUCCGGCACCGAGAUCCCGCUUCCAUGCCUGUCUUCAGUUUCAGUCAUACAGGUCUUCCUUUCCGACGACCCGCUCGAAUGAGGGCCCAUCGGCCCAUUUUGACCACGAAUGAGGGCCCAUCGGCCCAACCCGAGGAGAAUGGGCCGACUGGAUUAGUAACCCCUUAUUUAGGAUACCGUCACUUAGACAAAUCUAGCUUAUAAGCACAAAAGCUCUUAUCAAGGCCUUUCUCCUGCUGAAUAAAGUGAAUGCACUCAAAAACAAUUAACACAUUAUCCGUAGUCAUCCGCCCAGGGA